CCUUCUCAAAAUGGCUGCCACAGGUGCGAGUGGGCAAACCUCCAAUAGUGUGUCAAAUAUUUUCGAAAACUUAACCUACGGACCAGCCCCAGAAGCUGACAAUGUCGCAAAGGCAUGGCUAGAUGACCAUAAGAGGGAAUUUGGACAUUUCAUCAAUGGCAAAUGGCACAAACCUGAGGGACGCAAAUACUACCAAACCAAGUCCCCUGCAACAGGUGAGAUCUUAGCCUCAACCAUCCAGGGUGAGGAAGCAGAUGUUGAAUGUGCUGUUAGUGCAGCGAGAAAUGCACUGGACGACUGGCGUGAUGCACCCCCUCACGUGAGGGCCAGGCAUCUGUACAGCAUAGCCCGACAUGUCCAGAAACACCAGCGGCUACUCAGUGUGGUGGAGGCGAUGGAUAAUGGCAAACCCAUCCGUGAGACGAGAGACGCUGACAUCCCAAUCGUAGUGCGCCAUUUCUACCACCAUGCCGGCUGGGCAGAGCUCAUGCCAACGGAGAUGAAAGGGUGGAAACCUGUUGGUGUGGUUGCCGGUAUCGUGCCAUGGAACUUUCCCCUGAUGCUGCUCACCUGGAAGGUGUGUCCCGCCCUCGCCAUGGGCAACACUGUCAUCCUGAAACCAGCCACAUUCACUCGUCUGACGGCGCUGCUGUUCGCGGAGAUAUGUGCCGAGGCGGGCUUGCCACCGGGGGUCUUCAAUGUUGUGACAGGGGGCGGGGCUUUCGGCAGCAAGCUCGCAUGUCACUCUGAUGUAGACAAAGUAGCAUUUACUGGAUCAACCGAGGUAGGACAGAUCCUGCGACAUGUCACGGCUGGGAGUGGCAAGAAGCUGUCCCUAGAGUUAGGGGGAAAGUCCCCUGUUGUUGUUUUUGAGUCGGCAGAUCUGGACUCCACGGUCGAGGGUAUUGUUGACGCCAUCUGGUUCAACCAAGGACAGGUGUGCAGUGCGGGGUCAAGACUGCUGGCACAGGAGUCAAUCUAUGAUAAGUUGAUCCAGAAACUGAAAGAUAGACUGACCCACUUCCGUUUAGGUAACAAUCUGGACAAAGCUAUUGACAUGGGAGCCAUCGUGGACGACAGUCAGAAGCGCUCAGUAGAGGAGUUUGUAGAACACGCCAAAACAGAAGGGGCUGAGGUGUACCAGGCCAGUGCGUGUGUACCGGCAAGGGGAUGCUUCUACCCCCCUACCCUCAUCACCAAUGUCCAGACAGUGUCCAGGGUGGUUGUCGAGGAGGUGUUUGGGCCUGUACUGGUGGCGAUGCCGUUCCGGACAGCCAAGGAGGCCGUGGCCCUGGCUAACAACACCCGGUACGGCCUGGGGGCCAGUGUGUGGACGGAGAACAUCAGUCUGGCCAUGGAGGUCGCCCUCAGCAUCAAGGCCGGGACUGUGUGGGUCAACGCUCACAACCUCUUUGAUGCUGCGGCUGGCUUCGGUGGCUACAAGCAGAGCGGCUACGGCAGAGACGGGGGCAAAGAGGGCCUGUAUGAGUACGUCCGCCCUGAGUGGCAGGAACGACCACGCCCGGGAAUUGUGCAAGUCAACAUAAAGACAUUUGGUGCAACAGUUCCAGGCCGGCCGACCAUCAAUGACAUUGACAAGAACGAGAUACAGGUCAACGGGGUCAAGAUGCCAAGCAUCGACCGGACAUACAAGAUGUACUACGGAGGAGCUCAGAAGAGACCUGAUGGCCAGUACACUAGGCCAGUGAUGAGCAUGUCUGGGAAGGUCGUCGGCCAUGUUGGUGAUGGCAACAGGAAGGAUAUCCGGAAUGCUGUUGAGGCCGCUCACAAGGCUGCCCCUGGGUGGGGGAAGCGGGCGGCACACAACCGCGCACAGAUUGUGUACUACCUGGCGGAAAACCUGGAGGUGAGGCGUGAGGAGAUCGCUCAGAGGAUCUGUGCCAUGACCGGUCAGCCACUGGAUGCCGGUCGGCAGGAGGUGGACCAGGCUGUACAGAGGCUGUUCUACUGGGGGGCGUACUGUGACAAGUACGGAGGCAGUGUACAGGAGACAACCCUGUAUGGAGCUACUGUCAAGAUCCAUGAACCCGUGGGAGUGAUCGGCAUCGCGUGUCCGGAUGAGUAUCCACUGCUGGGCUUUGUCUCCCUCUUUGCUCCCGCUGUGAUCCGAGGGAACGCUGUUGUCAUCAUCCCCAGCGAGAAGCAUCCACUUGUUGCCCUUGACUUAUAUCAGGUGUUUGACACGUCUGAUGUCCCCGGCGGGGUGGUGAACAUCAUCACCGGCGACCGUAACCAUCUUACCAAAUACCUCGCUGAGCAUCAGGACGUCCAGGCCAUGUGGUACUUCGGAUCUCCGGAAGGGUCCAAGUUCGUGGAGUACGCUUCUGCUGACAACAUCAAGCGGACAUGGGUCAACUACGGAGUGAGUCGCAACUGGUCUGAGGUUGAGGCUGGGCAGGGGGAGGAGUUUCUGUUCCACUCCAUACAGGUCAAGAAUAUAUGGAUACCCAUGGGAGACAUCUUUGCCAAUUAGACUCGUUAUUGCAGGAAGUAUUUGCUGACCGCUGCCAGUAGUUGUGGAGGUUGCUGUGGUUGGUGGAGAUGGAUGCUGGUCGUCUGACCAGUCCGCAGAUGUGUUAACUAACGAGAGUGGUGCUGAACUAACCCAUGUUGAAGCGGUUCCUGGACUGGCAUUUUAGGGACAAGUUGCUGGCUGUUUGAAUGUUGUCACAUUGUGAUACAAAUCGUGGAAUUGAAAAUGUGGUGCAUCGUCAAUUCUUGAUGGUUUUGUAUACACUGUAUUCCUCCAUCACCUGUGAAUACCCGUGCUAUGCAGUGUCAUCAUUUAUUUUUUACCAUGGUCAUGGUUUGCAACAAGUCGCACUUUGCAGGGCCGUGCACAGUCACACUUUGCAGGGCCAUGCACAGUCGCACAGUGAAGGGCCGUGCACAGUCGCACAGUGAAGGGCCGUGCACAGUCACACUUUGCAGGGCCGUGCACAGUCGCACUUUGCAGGGCCGUGCACAGUCGCACAGUGAAGGGCCGUGCACAGUCGCACAGUGAAGGGCCAUGCACAGUCGCACAGUGAAGGGCCGUGCACAGUCGCACUUUGCAGGGCCGUGCACAGUCGCACAGUGAAGGGCCGGCCGUGCACAGUCUCACAGUGCAGGGCCGUGCACAGUCGCACUUUGCAGGGCCGUGCACAGUCGCACUUUGCAGGGCCGUGCACAGUCGCACUUUGCAGGGCCGUGCACAGUCGCACAGUGAAGGGCCGUGCACAGUCUCACAGUGCAGGGCCGUGCACAGUCGCACAGUGAAGGGCCGUGCACAGUCGCACUUUGCAGGGCAGUGCAUAGUCGCACAGCGCAGGGCUGCCAUUUGACUUCAGAGAGUCAUAAGCGCACUCAUUUGAUUAGCUUACAGAAAGACACUCAUCACUACUGCAAGGCAUAGCAGCCGAAUGUAUUCUCUGUAAAGGAUGGCAUGGAGGACUAAUGUUUACAAACCUGUGACGAAUUGACGAUGAAUAUUGUGUGGCUGUGAAUGUUCCAUUGAUUGUAAUGCAUCUCUAGGAGUGGAAGCAGAACACUGUUGUCUGAUUGAUGAUUGUAAGAAUCCUGAAUCUCCCCAUAGCUGGCGAUGGUCAGACAUGGUAAAACGUAUGUGCACAUCUCCGCGUACAUCU